UUUCACGUGGAAGUGGAGAUACAGGAUAUAAACGACAAUGCUCCUGUGUUCCCUGGAAGUAAAGAACAUCUGUUUAUUUUAGAAUCGAGAUUCCCCGACUCACGUUUCCCACUAGAGGGCGCUUCUGACGCAGAUAUUGGAACAAACUCUCUGCUAACCUAUAAACUCAGCCCAAGUGAACAUUUUACUGUAGACAUGCGAACGAAUGAUGAAAAAAGUAAAUCGUUAGUCCUUGUAUUAAGGAAACCACUGGACAGAGAGGAAACCCCUGAGCAUAGUUUAUUACUCACUGCCACAGAUGGGGGCAAACCGGAGCUCACCGGCACAGUUCAGCUGGUGAUCACGGUGCUGGAUGCCAAUGAUAACGCGCCAGUAUUUAAUCAGUCACUUUAUAAAGUCCAGUUACUAGAAAAUGCUCCAAACGGAUCGCUAGUAAUUAAUCUCAACGCCACAGAUUCGGAUGAGGGAAUAAAUAAGGAUAUUAUAUAUUCAGUUCGCAGUGUCACUCCGCUCACUGAAAGCUCCAUAUUUAGUAUAGAUUCAAAGAGUGGUGAACUGAGAGUGAAUGGAAAACUGGACUUCGAAGACACUAGUUUACACGAGAUUCAAAUCGAGGCUACAGAUAAAAAUCCGCAUCCCCUGGCUGGGCACUGCAAUGUUUUGGUGGAAGUGUUAGACGUUAACGAUAACAUCCCUGAGCUGGCCGUGACUUCCCUUUCUCUGCCGGUGACGGAGGACGCUCCCCCGGGGACAGUGGUGGCUCUUAUUAGCGUCUCUGACCGGGACUCGGGAGACAACGGCAAAGUCACCUGCUCCAUCCCCCCGAACCUGCCCUUU